AUGCAGGCUGCCCCGCGCUGGCACCCGCUGCUGCUGGCGCUGGCGGGGCCGGCGGCGGCCGGGGACCCCGCGGUGGCCCGCAAUGACCGGGCGGUGGCCGCGCUGCUGGGGCUCCUGCUGUGCCUGGCGCUGGGGCUGGCGCUGGCCUGGCACCACCUGUGCCGCCUCUCGGCCGGCCGCUACCACCCCCGGCCCUUGGGCCGCCGGGCGCUGGAGCUGCUGCGGGGACAGUGGCACCGGCUACGCUCGCCGGGGGACCCCGCCGCGGCCCUCGGGGACGGCGACGGGCAGGUGGCCGUGCGGGACGAGGGGGAAGAGCUGAUGCCCUGGAGCCUGGAGCGGCGGCUGCAGCAGGAUGACGGGGAGGAGGAUGAGCAGGAGGAGGAUGAGCAGGAGGAGGAUGAGGAAGAGGCCGAGGCAGCGCCACAGGGCGGGGAGAGCCCCCUGAGUGAGGGGGAGGCGGCGGGGGGCAGCGCCGAGGCCCUGCUCAGUGACCUGCACGCCUUCUCGGGGACAGCGGCCUGGGGGGACGCGCGGCCGCACGUCACCGCCUUGUGACAUCACCGCGCCUGACGUCACCACCCUUUGAUGUCAUCACCCUGUAAUGUCACCUCCCAUUACGCUGUACUGUCAAUGCCCUGUAGUGUCACCUCCCCGUAGUGUCACCUCCGUGCCAGCAAAGGGACCCCUUCUCUGUCCCCUGCCAGCCCCCAGCCGAGGCUCCUGAUUGGCUGCUGGGCCUUGUCCGGGUUUGCACUGACCAA